UUGACAGUUGUUUUGUUUUGUCAAACUUGCGUCAUCUACAAAUAAUAAUAGAUAAGUGAAUUAUUACUAAAUCGUGACUAGAUACUUAGGUUAAAAACCGUUUUGAGAUUUGAGUAUAAUGUGAAAAGACUUCAAGAAAAAACACUUCUUUGAUGGGCGAUCGCCAGAGGACGAUUCAAGCUGAGGAGAUGGCUACGACGAGCACUGCGGUAACAACGGUCUCCUCGCAAAUACAAGAGGCGAGCGUUGAGCCAGUGACGGUGAUCACUUUGCGGCCGACUCGCUCCGCGCCGCGUAAGAAGGUCGGCUGGACAGAGGACACUGUGGACAAUGAGCAUAUGAACAAGAAGAAGUCCAAAUGUUGUUGCAUAUACGAGAAGCCGCGGCGGUUCGACGAGUCGGAGUCUGAGAGUAGCGAGGACGAGUGCGAGAACUGCUUCGGGCACGUGGAGCGCAGACACAAGCAUCGCGCGCCUGGACAUGCACACGACACCACCGUCGCCAUGGCUACCACCACCACCACCACGGCAGAGCUACAGAACGAAACAGAGCCGAAUGUGGAGGUGACUCUGCAGCCGUCAGAGGAUCCCCCCGCGCCCCCCACUCCGCCCGCCAGUUAGACUGACGUGGUCGGCAAAUACUCUAAAAUAUUCCUUAUUAUAUUCGUCGUAAGAGAAAUAUUUCUCAUUAUAGACUCAUUUAGUUAGGUUAUAAAAUUUUCUUUCUAAGUUUUCCU